UUUAUUCAAUUACGUUAUACCAUUAAUCUUUCCUCUAUUCUUAAAAUCAAUCCAAUGCCAUGUUUCUGUAGGAUCUAUAGUUUCCCCACCAUUGGGUUUCUUGAUCGAUUUAGUUCCUAAUGGAAUUCUAGGGCUUAGAAACGUUGGAUUCAGUUUAGGGUUUUCCCCUGCUUCAAAGAACGACUAUCUGUUUAGCGGAAUUUGAUUGUCUUGCAUACAUGGAGGAAAACUUGAUCUUUUUUCCUUUGGAUAUUUGCAUGGAAGGAAAACUGGGUUUUCUUUAAAUAUCAGAGAAUUCAAGCGAAAUUCUUAUCCAUGUUCAAAUUACUGCAAUAAAUGGUUUUCAAUCACAAGAAAACAAGGGAUCAUUGAUGACUAUUAUUAUCAGGGACAAGUCCAUUGCUAAAUUUUAGAUUUGAUGGACAUCAUCACCCAGUUGCAAGAGCAAGUCAAUACAAUUGCAGAAACUGCUUUCAAUACCUUUGGAACUCUUCAAAGAGAUGCCCCACCUGUUCGCCUUUCUCCGAAUUAUCCAGAGCCCCCUGCAAAACCAGUGGAGGAUGCAGCCAAUGUUGCAGAGCAACCCAAGAUUAUGAGUGCUGCAUUGGUUCGAGCAGCCAAGCAGUUUGACUUGCUUGUUGCAGCACUCCCUCUGUCUGAAGGGGGUGAGGAAGCUCAGUUGAAAAGGAUUGCAGAACUUGAGGUACAAGAUAUUGGGCAAAUAAAAUGCGUGCACUUGCCAUGCAUGGGCCAUUCUUGCGUCAAUUCUUGCUUGAACCUUUAUGACUCACAGCUGGAUCUCACUCUCUCUCUCUCUCUCUACAGUUUUGCUAUCAAGCACGAGCUAGCUAGAUGUGUAUGUUUUCUCACUCUGAUUCCUUUCUUUCACAUUUCUCAUCAGGCGGAGAAUGAAGCUGUAGGGAUGGAACUUCACAAGCAACUGGAGGCUGCAGAACAAGAGUUAAAGCAAGUGCAGGUGCUUUUCACGAAGGCGGCUGAUAACUGCUUGAACUUGAAGAGACCAGAUUGAUUUACCUCUCAUUUAGUUGGGUAUUUCAGAUAUUUGCCAUUUUGUAUUGGAAAUAACUUUCUUUGUUUUACUUUUUUCUUGUGUUUAGGUGAUGCCAUUGUAUUUGCAGCGAUUUUGACAAUUUGUUCGUGUAAUAUAUUACGUUGAGGUAUAUAUGACAUUUUUACUUUGGCGUUUUGCAAUGCCACUUAAAAA